GUCCCCCUCCUCGCCUUAUCCUGGGCGCUACACACCCACCCCACCCCCCUGCAUCACCAAAACGCCCGAAUAACCAAAAAGAUACGCGCACGCCACUUGUACACCUGCUGCACCCAUGGCGCCUAGAGCGGCGGAGAAGGCGCCUGUCUCCCCGCCCACCAGGCUCGGCCUUGGCGUUGGCGGCGGGGUCGGAGUCGUCGCCGGUGGCGCGCACUACAGGGGCGUCCGGAAGCGCCCAUGGGGACGUUACGCCGCGGAGAUCCGUGACCCGGCCAAGAAGAGCAGGGUCUGGCUCGGCACGUACGAUACGGCGGAGGAGGCCGCGCGCGCCUACGACACCGCCGCGCGCGAGUUCCGCGGCGCCAAGGCGAAAACUAACUUCCCGUUCCCUUCGUCGUCGUCGUCGUCCCCUGUCGCCGGCGGCGGCAGCCCGAGCAGCAACAGCACCUUGGACUCUAGCGGGGGAGGGAGCGGCGGCUGCGCCCAGGCGCCCAUGCAGGCCAUCCCGCUGCCGCCCGCCCUCGACCUGGACCUCUUCCACCGCGCGGCGGCCGUGACGGCCGUCGCCGGCGGCGGCAUGCGCUUCCCGUUCAACGGUUACCCGGUGGCAUCGCGCCAGCCUCUGCACCCGUACUUCUUCUACGAACAGGCCGCGGCCGCCGCGGCGGCGGCGUCGGGGUAUCGCGCGCUGAAGGUGGCGCAGCCGGUCACCGUGGCGGCCGUUGCCCAGAGCGACUCCGACUCCUCGUCGGUCGUUGAUCUGUCCCCGUCGCCCCCCGCGGUGACAGCGCAUAAGGCGGUCACGUUUGAUCUGGAUCUGAACGGGCCGCCGCCUUCGGAGGACUAGACAAAGGACAAAUUUUAGAUGAUGACUGUAGUUUCUCAUUUUUCCUGCAGGCAACUUUUUUUUCCUUCUUCUGUUCUGGUCCUCUUGUAUUUUUGUUUAGUUGUCUGAGACAGACCGAGGAGCCUUGUAAAUAGUUUUUCCGCCGAGAACAGAGCAGAACCGAUCUGAGAUCUGUUGGUCUAAACGGAUCAAACCGGCGUUGAGGUGAACCGAGACUUGAGUAUUAUAUGUGUAAGAUGAGUGUAGCAUGAUGAAUUUUUCAGAACAUAAGUCUCCUAUCUAUUCCAUCUUUU